AAAACCUCUGUACUCUAGACGGACAACUUUAGGGUGUGUGUAAAACUCAGAGACCACAACCAAACUCAGCCACGUUGUUUUUAUCUUGGAGCUUUUAGAAAUUCUGUUCUCUGGCUUUAGGAUUGAUACUCAUCUUGAAGCAUGUGUACGGGAAAAUGUGCGUUUUGCGUCGGGACAAGUCUGUACCCUUUGGCGGUCAUCUCCAUAAUAUGUAAUAUUAUGCUGUUUUUUCCUGGCUGGGAUGUAAAGUAUGUGCAGAAUGGACAAAUUACUCCGGAGGUUAAAUACAUGGGUGGACUGGUUGGAGGGGGGAUUCUGGUGCUGAUUCCAGCUUUUCACAUUCACCUGACUGGGAAGCAGGGUUGUUGUGCUAAUCGCUGUGGGAUGUUCCUGUCCAUUUUAUUUGCAGCAGUGGGUGUAGUCGGUGCCCUUUAUAGUUUCAUAGUGGCAGUGAUGGGUCUAAUUCAUGGCCCAUACUGUAAGCAUCUUCUUGUUUUAUGGGGGACUCCCUUCAAAGACAAAGAGCCGAGUUACCUUAAGGAUCGUAGCACAUGGGGCACUUGCAUUGAGCCAAACAAUGUGGUGGAGUUUAAUGUGGGUCUGUUCUCAACACUUCUGGUGACCAGCGCCCUGCAGCUCAUCCUCUGUGCCUCACAGAUGAUCAACGGCCUCUUCGGCUGCCUCUGUGGAACCUGCAAACAGAAAGAGAAAGGGCCGCUGUAAUCCCCGUCUGCUUCAGAGAGGAUAUCCCUCGUAUCUACCAUCCAGCAUCCCUAACCAGCUAACCAGCGCCCUCUUGUGGAAAAUGCUACCUGAACAGUUUAAUAAAAGUUUGUUUAUACAUUUUGUAUACACUUAAUCGUUAUCAGUGGUUAUUGCUGAUAUAUCGGCUUAAUGUCUUUUUAAGUACUAGCUCAUGCAUAAUGAUUUUCAGAGUGAAUAAUAUUUUAAAGACAAAUGGCUUUAAUAAUGGCAUAAGGCUUGUUUUGUAUCUGUAUUUUUAUAGUUUAAAAAUGAAAUAAACAUAAUACAAUAAAAAU